AAAUUUUAUCUGUUCAGGAUGACAAUCUGAAGUCAGUGACUAAAGCUUCUGCUGUAAUGUUGAAGGAGAGGGAGGUUUACAUAGAACAACUGUUGAAGGAGAGGGACAUGGAAAGGCUGGCAGUGACUCGAGCAGCAGCUCAAGCAGAGGAGGCAGAGAGACAACUAGAUAUGUUGAAACAGGAACUGCGACAGGUGAAAGAAGUGGCAGAAGCGACCCAGGAGGAUCUACAACACCAAGUAGCAGAGCUUGUGCGUGAGAAGAAAGACAUGGCCAACCAGAUGGAAGAUGAUCACAAUAAAUUGGAGGAUGUCAACUUUCGCUUUGAGGAGGAGAGAUUAGCCCGAGUUGAGCUGGAGGCAUCAAGUAAGACGCUGGAAGAGCAAGUGGCUCAACUGCAACAGAACCUGGAGCUGGAGAGGCAGCAAAUACAACAGCUCCAGCAAGACUGCAAGAAGCUUCAAGAGGAGCAGAGUACUCUGGAUCAACUAAAACGAGUGAUGGUUUCUAGUAAGAUUGAGAUGCAGGAGCUGCGAGCAGAACGAGACAAGCUCAUUAAAGAGUUGGCUGAGCUCAAAGACUUGUUAAAAGAGGAGCAGGACCAGUGUAUUGAUUGGAAGAAUAUGUUUGAAGAGAGUAAAAAACUGAGAUUGGAUAUUGAAACACAGUUGGCAAAAUGUAUGGCUGAUAAAGAGUCGGAACAGAAAAGUUUCAAUUUCAGGCUAAAUGAAUCCGAAAUUAAACUUAAAGAAAGUGAAAACAACUUUAGUGAGUUAAAAAUUAAAUCAGAGCAAGUUAUAAAGGAACUGACCAAUGAUAAAGAACAAUCUAUUUAUCUUCUCAAUAACGGUUUAGAGGAAAUAACGUCAUGGAAAGAAAAAUAUAAGAAUCUCGAAGAAGAAAAUCACAAAAAGACUUCUGAAAUUUCUAUGAUAAAUUUAAAUAUAAAACAACUCCAGGAUGAUUUGGAAGGUAAAGAGAAAGAAAUUAUUACAUUAAAAGAUGAGAGUAGUAAGGAAUUAAUAUCUUUAAAGAAAAAUAUUGCAGACUUAGAAAGUACACUGGCAACAAAAACCACUGAUUUGGAAACAAAAGAAAAUACUUCCAAGGCAGAAAUAGAUAUUUUAAAACAGAGUUUACUAGAAAUGAAGAAAGAAUCCGAAGAAAAAAAUGAAAAGCUAAAAACCAUUAUUGAGAAUUAUUCUAAACAAAUAACAGCUGUAGAAAAAGAACUGGAGGAAAAACAUAGUGAGAUGUUGAGUUAUAAGAGUGAGCAUGAAAAUAAACUACAAGAAUUGAGGCACGAACUUGAUCUUCAAACUGGCAAGUUUAAAGCUGCUACUGAAGCAAAUCAUAAAUUAUUAACAGAAAAUGAAGUUUUUAAGAAGGAAGUAGAAAGAUUAAAGGAAAGUGAAAAGAAGAAUGAAGAAAGAAUUGCAGAGUUAUCUAGCCAGUUGACACAAGAACUGGAAAAGGAGUUAAUGACAAAGACAAGCUUAGAAAAUGAGCUAGAGAAAAGCAAAAGAAGUGUUGGGGAGUUGGAAGGUAAUCUUCUUGGAAAAUUGGCAACAUUAGACAAAGAUAGGGAGAACCUUACAUCUGAGUUAAAGAAAUAUAAGGAUAGAAUAGAGGAAACUGAGAAAGAGUUGAACAGUAGGAAAAGGAAUGAAGUGGAGCUGGAAGAGAAAUUAGCUUCUCUAGUAAAAGAAAAAGAGAGUUUAAAAUUGAAUCUAGAAGAGACAAAGAAUACACUAUCAGCCAACCUUGAGAGUCUCAAUAAUGAGAAAGAGAAAUCUGAUAAUUUGGUAUGCAGCAAAGAUGUCGAACUUGUCCAGUUGCAACAGAAGGUGGAUCAACUACAAAGAGACUGUGAAAGACAGGGGGUUGAAAUUAAAGAAAAGGAAAAGAAGAUCAAUGAAAUGACUGAAGAAUUUAAGAAAGUCAAUGAUGAAGCAUCAAACACCUUUACAAAGUCUGAGGAGAUUGCCAAUAGACUUCAACAACAACUAAGCGAAUUAUCUGUUGAUAAGAAUAAACUGCAGGAAGCAGUCUCCCAAGGAGAAGUGGCCUUGGAUAAAAUUAAAAUGGAAAUGGAAGAAUUUAGAUCUAACGCUGAAAAGAAGACUUAUACACUUGAGAAUGAGUUGUCAGCCAUCAAAUCUCAGUUUGAGAUGGAUUGUAAGAAACUGCAUACUGAAAAAGGUAUUCUUGAAGAAAAGUUAAAGGAGAGUGAAGAAAAAACUAAACGGCUUGAAAGUUCCCUUGUGAAAGAAAAUGCAUUACAAGAACAACUAGAGGUUAAACAGAAGGAAAUUGAAAGAGUCCAAUUCAGCUUAGAUGCCAUAAAAGAUAGUCCUCAGGAAAUUGAAAAGCUGAAAAAGGAAAUUGUUGUAUUAAAUGAACACAACAAGGAACUAACUGUUAAGCUUGAAAAGGAAAGAGAUGCUUCUGAAAAGUUAGAAAAUCUCACAAGGCAGCUGAAAACAACAGAGGAAAUCUUGGAGGGAGUGAAGGAUAGCCCUAAAGAAAUUGAAGAACUCAAAAAAGAGAUUGCCCGAGUAAAUGAGCUAAAUCAAAAGCUAAGUGGUGAUCUUGAAAGAGAACAAGAGGCAUCUGUAAAACUUGAACAUCUUACAAAACAGCUCAAAACCACUGAGGAUAUCUUGGAAGGAGUGAAAGAUAGCCCUAAAGAAAUUGAACAGCUUAAAAAAGAAGUUGCCCGAGUAAAUGAAUUGAACCAGAAGCUAACUUGUGAUCUUGAAAAGGAUAAAGGGGCUUCUUUAAAAGUCCAAAAUCUUACAAAACAGCUCAAAACUACAGAGGACAUGUUGGAAGGUGUGAAAGAUAGUCCCAAAGAAAUUGAAAAACUCAAAAAAGAAGUUGCAGAAAUAAAUAAACAGAACCAGAAGCUAACUGAAGAGCUUGAGAAAGAACAAGUAGCUUCUGGAAAGAUUAAAAGCCUUACAAAGCAGCUAGAAACCACGGAAGAGCUUGUGAAGAAGCUUGAAGUUCAACUAGUAGCUGAAAGAGAGACCUCAAAAAUACUUGCCGGAGUUAAAGAAAGAAAGGAGAGUCUUGAAAAACAAGUGGAUUCCUUAUUGAAAGAGAACCAAGAGUUAAAAAAUAAAAAUGAAAUGGUUCUCUCUAAGACUAAUGGAGUUGAAACAACAAAUAAUAAUGUCAACGAAGGAGAAAGCAUGACAAUAGAAUUCCUGAACACAAUCAUCGCUGACCAACAACGGAAGCUGGAACAGCAAACAGAACUAAUACAGCGUCUGCAAAACGGGGAACUCCCAAACACUACCACAACAAGGUCAACACGUUUGCCCACUCCACGGCUAUUUUGCGAUAUCUGUGAUAUGUUUGAUCUCCACGAUACAGAGGACUGCCCACGUCAAGGGGCGGACACUCCCCCACCACAGCAGUCACACACCUACCCUCGGGGCUUUGAAAGGCCAUACUGCGAGACUUGUGAGAUGUUUGGGCAUGACACAGCAGAAUGUGAUCCAGAAACUUUCUAGGCUGCAGUGACGAUUGUCUGUACAUAAGCUGUUGAAAGUACAGGAAUUUUUUCUGCCACUGCAAUAUUGGUUCUGAGUCAUUUUAUUUCUUUUAUUGUAUGUAAUUACUGGGAAUGUAUGUUUGGUAUUGCCUCCUCAAUAUUGAUUGAAUGGACAUUUCUAUCAUAACUCAAUCUGCAACAAUGAUUUUUAUAUCAUUAGUGAAGUGCAAUUGUUGACCCUCAGUUGUAGUGGUGCUUUGUUUAUAAUCUUUGGGCAAUUUUCAAUCACUUUUUAAGUUUUCCCUACAGAUUUUUAAAUCAGCUGUUAUUCUACUUAUGUCAGUCACAAUAUUACUUUUUAAUGGUACAAAAGCUAUUAAUAUAAUAUUAAAUAUUAAUAUAAUUAUAUUUAGUGCAAUUAUCUAAUAUGUAUAUCAUUCAAAAAACAAAAAUAAAAUUGUAGAUGUAUAAUAUUGCUCUUGACUGUUCCCAGUAUAGUUUUUCAUGUUCUCAAUUGCAUGUUUAUCAACAACCUCACGGUUUGUCUUAACAGAUAUUCGGCUCAUACAUUAAUUGUAAUUCCUUGAUGUGUAUGUAAAAUUAUGAAAUAUAAAAUCAAUCUAAAAUAUCAUGUGGAAGCUUUCAAAAAUAAAUACGUAGGUAAAUAAAACAAGUUUAAAUCAUCAUAAAGAAAUGAGCUGAUUAUUAAGUUGGUUAGUGCAUUGAGAAUAACUGUCACAGUUUGCACAAAUGUGUAUUUUAAUUUUAGAAUAGGAGCCAAGAGCCAAUCUGCACUGUAUGAAUACAUAUCCUGAGUUUUCUUGAAAUCUAUUAAAGAAGUUUUCCUAUGUGUUAAGAAAUAAUGUAGUAAUAUGGUUCUGCAUUAAAACCAGAUUCUGUAAAAUAUGACCAAAUUUAUUUUGUGAUUUAUUUAACUUGAGUACAUUAUGAGUAAAAAGUGCCCAACGUAAAUGGAAAUUCCUUAGAAUGUAUUUAUUGUACAAUUGUAUAAUGACAAGUAAAAUUCACUUUUAAAGGUCAGUACUGUAAAGAGUUUUGCUGUUUUCAAAUAAACGAGAAUUCAAUAUUUACUUUAUUGUCUGUAUUGUUCCAUCCAGGGUUAAUGUUAGUUAAAAUACAUUAAAAAAUUGUGUUCUCUUUGGUAGAUUUCAUCAAUUUCAAGACAGUUUUUCUUGUGUAAAUUUGAGUUUGUUUUAUGUGAUUUGCAAGCAGAUCUGGUUAGUUUUUAUAGAUUGACGAUUGUUUUAUCCCUGUUUUUGUAGGUAUAUACUAUAUACUAAUCACAAUCAGUUCUUGAAGAAAUGUAAUUUCUUAAAGUUAUUAACAUUAUGUGGAUUGUCAACAUUGUCAAAGUUACCAAACAAAUAAAAGUCUAUAGUUCAAGGAUUGACCUGUGAGGCGCUCUAUGUGUAUUGCCUGUUAAAAAAAGCACAUUUAUGGUAUAAUAUUUCAUUUUCCAGUAAAAUAAUUGUUCAAAUUAAGCAUAGUGCAGUUAUAAAAAUCAUAAGAAACUCUUUGUGAAUAUUUAUAGAUUUAUAGAUUCUAUUUCUCACUCCAAUUUACUAGAAAAAUUAUACAAAAUAGGUAUUAAAGGCAAAUCUUAUGACUGGAUUAAAUCCUACCUUGAAAACCGUAAACAGUUUGUUGAAUUAACCUAUCUUGAUGGUAAAAAUAUCGUAAAUCAUUACAAAUCUAAUGCAAAACUCAUAAAACAUGGCGUCCCUCAGGGAUCAAUUUUAGGACCAGUACUAUUUGUUUGCUAUUUAACAGAUUUUCCAGAACUCUGUUGUUCAAGUGGCAUUUGCUUAUAUGCAGAUGACACAAGUAUUAAUAUAAAUGAACCUUCCUGGAAUGAUAUAGAAAUUAAAUUGCAUAAAAUAUUAACAGACCUUUCACAGUACUUUACCAAAAAUAACUUAUUGCUUAGUCUUGAAAAGACUAAUCUCAUCUCCUUUCAAAAAAGAAACAUUAAAAAUAAAUCUGAUCCAAAAAUCUGUACAGGUGAUUUUGAAAUUAAUCAAGUAAAUGAAACAAACUUUCUAGGUUUGAAACUGGACCAUAGCCUCAGCUGGGACGCACAUGUCCAGAAGGUUAUGUCAAAAAUAUCAUCUGGUGUUUAUGCAUUGAGCAAAUUAAGACACCUAUGUGAUCAUAAUACACUGAAAAUCAUAUAUUUUUCUUACAUUCAUUCAAUUAUCAGUUUUGGAAUCUCCUUAUAUGGUGCAACUAGCCAAAAAAAUCUUGAUUCUAUUCUAAAAAUGCAAAAAAAGUCUAUUAGAAUUAUUCAGAACCUGAAACCAAAAACCUCAGUUAAAGAACACUUUUCAAAAUUAAACAUUCUUACAGUUUAUGGCCUUUAUGUUUACGAAGUAAUUGUAUCUUUAAAACAAAGAUAUCAUGAUCAAAUAUUUAAUAGUGAUUUUCACAUGUAUAACACCAGACAAAGUAAAGAUUUUGCCAUUCCCACUCAUCAUUCGGCAUUUUUUUGCAAGAAACCUCUGUAUGCAGGAAUUAAAUUUUUUAACAAAAUUCCAGAACAUAUUAAGGCUGAACCAUCAUUCAAUAAGUUUAAAAAAAUACUUAAGGAUUACCUAACAAUCAAAGUAUUAUACUCUUUUAAGGAAUUAUAAAUGCAAUAAAGUAAAAUUAGCCUAAUUUUAAGAAAUGUUGAAUACUUUUAAGUUAAUGACACUAUUCAAUGUAUUGACUGUAAUACCUAUGAAUAAAGAAUUAUCUGAAUCUGAAUCUGAAUUUAGAAAAAACACCAUGUGAUUAAUUAUGGGCUUGAAAUCACGCAAUAUCUGUAUUUUUGUAAAACUGUAUCUCCAAAUUUAUUUGAAGUACUGUAAGUUCUUUCUUAAAUGUUUGAUCACGUUCCAUGCUAUUUCUGUGUUUUUACUAACACCUUCACUGUGAGAAGUGAAUACUCCUGUGGUAGGAAAUGAAAAGCAUGACCGCUGCUAACAUAAAGCAUCUACCACAAUCAAAAUAAUAAUAAAGAUACUGCAGCAUCAGCUUUUGAAAAUGAAAGUAACGUAAUCAGUGCUGCUAUUAUAAAAAGAAUGUGAUUAAACAACAGCUUGUUUUAUAUUUUGUGAUUUGUGUUUAUUCAUGUAUUCGAUUCCCUUUGAAUUAAAGCUACCAGAAUAAGUCUUUCAUGGUCUUUAGCACAAGCAAUAUAUUAUUGAUAUUAAAGUUGUGUAUACUACAAACAAUACUUGUGGGCAUUUUCCCACCUGUAUAUGGCUUAUCGGUGUGUAUAUUUAAUUGUUACUAUUUGUUAAUAUAGUUGUGUCUUGUUAUAUUUUUAAACUCAUAUGGUUUUAUGUAGUGCGUUUUUAACUAAAUAAGUUAAUUUAAAAGAAGAUAAGGUGUCUAAAAUUAUUAAAAGAAUAUGCUAAAUACCAAAUUGAAUUUUGUUAACGUUUUUAUAAUAUUGGUUUAUUUACUGUACUGUGUUCAUUAGAGAGGUCUGAAGUCUACAUGUUGCUAAAGUGAACCCUAUAAUUCUAGAUUGUUCUAAAGUAAAUUCCAAAAAUCCAAACAAAAUUCAAUUAGAAUUUUAUCAAUAUUGUAAUUUGUCAAGUAAUGUUCUUUGACUUAUCUGUAAUAAUAAUAUUUAUUUAAUUUAUAUUUGUUACAAUAUCUCAAAUCAAAAUAUAUGUAUAUAAAUUGUAAAUAGUUUCGAAAAACGACCCCAAAAUAAAUACUUCUAAAUGUA